AUGCCACGUUCGUGCUGCGUUGUUGGAUGCCAAACUGGAUAUAAGUCCAACUCUAAUAAAAUUGUAUCUACUUUCUCUUUUCCAAAAAAUGAAAGUUUGAGGCAAAAAUGGAUAAAUGUGAUACCUCGAAAAGAUCUUAUUGUUACCCAAAAUUCAGCAGUAUGUGCUAACCACUGUACUGAAGAUCAAAUUAUUACAAAAUGGUCUUCAGGGGUUGGCAACAAUAAAGUGUGUAUAAAUUUAAAAUAUCCAAAAUUGAAAGAAGAUGCAAUUCCGUGUUUAUUUCCUGGCCCAAAAUAUCUUUCAAAACCAAUUAAAAAAAGAAAAUCUCCUACAAAGCGAGUUAAUUUGAUGUGUGCACCCACUGAUUCUAAAAAAAUGAAACCAUUAGUUGAUUUUAAUAUAGUCGAACAAAAUACUUCCGGUAAUGAACUUAAUUCAGAAUCGAUUGAACUUCUUCAAGAUUCUAACAUACCCACAAAUCAAAACUUUGAAAACAUUUGCAGUGGUAUUAAAUCUAUUACCCUCCCAGAUUUAUCAGUGAAUUCAAAAAUUAUUUGA